AUGGCGAACACAGAGCAGGGCAAAGGCCCAAAAGUCCCUUCUAGGGCAGCAAGUCUCCAGCGCAUGCUUGAAAUCGAGAGAAAGCAAAAGGAGAGGUUUGCGAAGCCGGCAGGAACGAGGCCAGCUCCUCUGAAGGAAAUGAGGAAGGGCUCGGCAGAUCGCGACAGUCUGCCGUCAGUGGUGAGGGCCACCGCGGGUCUUGGCUCCCCACAGACCAAGACGGUGACGUUUCUCCCCUCGGACGACGGGCAGUCGGAGACCUCUUCAAUAUGUCAUUCACCAACUUGGGACGACUACGGAAAGAAGAGGAGGAGAGACAAGGAGGCAGCAGCAGCGAACCAGACGAAAUUGGUGAAGAAGCGGCUGACCAAGGAGCCCCCUCCUGCGGCAAUGGAGAAUCGACCAAAAAUAAACCCUCGGGCUAUGUCUGCGCCUCUGUUGGACCGUAUGAGCCUCGACGACACCCGACCAUCGGAGCCGCCUUCCGUGGAAGCACAAAUCGAAGGAAGCAGGCCUCAGACAAUGGCGCUCCCUGCUAACUUAGGCUCCAUUGAGACAACUCAAACUGUGGUCAGGAGUCCUGCAUUUAUUGGUGGCGUACGUUUGGAGCGAGAACGCGAAGCGGCCAUGCAGAGACUGGUCAACUCGAGGGCUCCAUCCGCCGAGCGCCCAGGGCCAGAAGUGUUGGAACAGAGUCAGACGUCACGACCUGCAUCAAGCGAGAGACCAAAGAAGACAGGGCCCAAUUCACCGACCUCAUACCCCCCAACUGCUUCCAAGACCCCGUUCCUGAAUCAGCCACCUCCAGCAAAGGGUCACGCCAGGAAGCGAAGUGGUUCUCUCAGUAGCGUUGUCUCUAAACUCUUUUCCUCCUCCAAGGCUUCUGAGGACCCCAAGCCUUAUCUGGACAGACGUGGUUCGCAGGACUCCGUGCAAACGGUCUCCUCACUUUUCUCACGAGGCCGGAAGAGGAGCGAUUCGGCCAAUUCACAGGCUCGCGCCCAGAGCUACGAUGUCUACAGUCGUUCAGGCGCAUCGACCCCGAUGAGCGAGAGACGAGGCGCACUCAGCCUCCCACCUCUGUCUUGGAAGAACGGGCGCAAGAACAGGACGACUUCGAUGAUGGCUGUCCCGCCAGACUCGGCGAGGGAUGCCUCGUUCUCAACUGAAGAGACCAGCGGGCUGAAGCAGGAUAACUUUACUUUCCUUGAGCGCCCAUUCUCACCGCCGAUUGAAAGCCCGCUCUCACCCCCCGCGAGCUUGUCGGCUUCACUUAAGGCCAAGAUGAGUCCUCAGCUCACCCCUGCAACCAGUGCAAGGCCUGUGUCCCAGGUCCCAAAGAAGACUUUCAGAGAGACCAUCAAAGCUGGCUUCAGGUCUUCUACCGGCCCUGACCUGAAACCCUCUUCACACCGCCGUACGGGGACAGACGAUACACUCAUUGGUGGCGACAUCACGCCAACCCUCUCCGACAAUUCUCAUCCUCUUCAAAGUAGUUCAACGGCGGGGCCUUCAACAAGUGGUGGAGGAAAUAGGGGCUCCGAUGAGCACCCUGGGCGCCAGCAGGGUCAUGGUUCGAAGGACUCGGGGGCUUCGUCUUCAUCAUCCCAUCCCGACACUGAAUCCAUACCGCCUUCACCAGUGACGACCCCGGACACAUCACGGCCGCAGUCAUUGAAGGACAAUCAGCCUGGCCGCGUUGACGAAAUGAAGAAGACACCGUUGGUCUCUACGCAUGGAGCAAGUGGUCUGGGCUUGCAGAACCCAUCCUCAGCGGUCGUUCACUCGUCCAGCAAUUUUGCUCCUCGGGCAAAUUCACCACGCAUCGAUCUCAAUCUUGCAACCGGUGAUUUCAGUGAGUCAUGGAAUCUUGCAAAUGAGCCUAGGUCUCGAUUCGCCGAUGUACCUGCACGACCGCCGCCCCAAGAAGACGAACUAUGGCCACUGGGCAAGAAACCUCUUGAUAUGGAUCAGCUUUCUUUCACUAGUGCUCUGACGAGUUUGGACGUCAAGACCUCGUUCCAAGACCUGGGCUCACCCAUGUCGGAUAUCGAGCCAUUUUCUCUGGAUAGGAAUCCUCCAAACGGGACUAAAGUGACCUUCAGAGGUGUCAAGCUCGAGGUUGUGAAGAGCCCAGCGUAUGCGAAGAAAACCAUUUCCGGCGCUCCUUCACCCACAAACGACACGAGCUUCCUUCCGGCGCUUCGCCACCAGGCCCUCCCUCCGCGAACCAACGGCCGUCCUGCUCAGGCAUCGCCGACGCACGACGAAGUCGAUGACCGACCAUACCCAAUUCAGGAAACCCGAGCCGGAACCCCCGACUCUUUCCAAGCGCCAAGUGCAGCAUCGAGGCACCUACAGCAAGCCAGGAAAGCAGCCCCAGCCUCCCCACGAUCCCCGACAGCGAUGACCAGCGGCAGCAGUACCUCGCUCCCCGGCAGCACGACCACGCUUGCCAGCAGCAUCAUGGGCCCGCCGGUGCCUCGAUCUUUCGCCCUAUCCAGCCAUCCCAAACCAUCAGGUGGGCCUGCUGUUCCUUCCUUGAGGCACAGCAACCUCGACACGACAGGUCUCAAGCCCAUCGCCAAAAUGUUUGUCGAGUGCUGCAGCUGCAAAUUCUACCAGGACAUGCCGUCACGGGUGUACGAAGCCAUGGCGCGGCCCGAGGACACGGUCAGGGAUAAGAGACUUGGGGUGUCCGGGCAGGUGACCACGUGCGUCAAAUGCCCGUGGUGUAGCCACAAUAUGAGCACACAGUGUUGCGCGGGAUAUGCAGCUGUGGUCUAUCUGAGGGAGAAGCUGCACGGACCUUAG